AUGUUUGCUUAUUUGUAUUAUAUUCGUCAAGAUUCAUCCUCUGCUAAAGAGAUAAGAGUUUUUUUAGAAAGUGAAGAAUGUAAAAAAGCAGUGAGUGACGAGAUACCAAAUCCUACAACUCUUAGCCACCUUCGUGAUUUUUCAGUGUUGGAUCACAAAGGUUUCGCAACACCUGCAGAGUUGGAGGCCCUGCCGAUUAAUCGCCUUAUCCUACAUACACAAUAUCUCCUACAAUUGCAUAACUGUGAUGACGCAUAUCAAGGUCUUCUCCAAGCGGCCAUUUUCGAACUGUCUAGGAGAUUUAUUCAGCUCAAAGCAUUUGCUCCAUGCUUGUCGCUUUUGGAGAAGUCUUUCGGAAGCGAGGUUAUAAUCGAAAAAUGCAAGGUUCUAAUUGCAAAGGGAGACGAAAGCACAGCUGAACAUUUACUGCGUUCUCUUCUUCAGACCACGGUAACCGUUGAGCCUGAGAUUGAAAUAGAAGCACGUUGUUUGUUAGCGGAGCUAUUUGCGGGUCCCAGAAAUUUACUGGAUCAAGCCGUCGCCUUUCUGCAGGAGGCUCUCGAUAGGUUUGAUAAGUCUAUCAUCAAGUCUGAGUCGCGUUUGCGGUAUUUUUCUCUAAUUCAUCGACUGACAGCUCGCCAGCUAUACAAUAUUGAGGAGCACUUGGAGUCAAGAGCAUUCCGUAUGAGAGAGGACGCUAUCCGCGAAUGGAGCAAGCAGCAAGAACAAGCUUCACAAAGGCCACCAUCCAUGGCUGCUCGACGUAUCGAGUGUGAACUCAGGUGCGAAAAAGAAGCAGUAGAGACAGUUAAGAAAAAAUUGCUCUCUACAGCUGUGGCUACAGUUUCUGCUGGAUUAGAAGCUCUGAAGCUUCUGUCAGAACCUUACAAGAAACAACCACUCCAACCAAAACAUAUAAAUGAUGCAGUUCUUAGACACAUCUUCCCACUUAUCGACGUUAUAUUCCGUUUUGAUGAUAACGUGGACGUCGUGAGAGAACUUAAAAUGUAUGUUGGAAGCGGUAUGGUACCAGCUGUAUGGGUUCAGGUUAUAAUUACGAAGCUUAUCAUGGCAUACCCUUAUCACGUCCUCCAUAGUGUUCUCCUCUACAAAUUUGACGAGAAUCGUGCCCCAGUUGUGCAAAGUAUGCUGGAAGAAGCGGAACGUCGGAUUGCCAAUGAAAAAGAUCGCGCACGCCUUCAUGAGAUUAUUGAAGAUAUGACUGCAGCACACGUGGCUUAUCUGCAGUUCGUUGCUCUAAAGAUGAACGACACGCGAUUUUUCGAAAAACGAGGGAAUUCAGCUUUAUACUAUAUGUUAGGCAAUGUAUCCAUUAUGAGCAGGAUCGAGAUUCUAAAGCGAGUUCCAUUGCCGGUUGUUGAGCAAAAGCUUGGAUUUCCUCGCGAUUAUUCUGGUGAUGAGCUGGUGAAAUGGGAGGUGAUCGAACGAGAAUGCAUGCAAGCGGAUGGCCUAUCGGCACCAAAAAUAACUAGAAUAUAUAUAGUGGUCCAUACUCACGACUUUUUAUAA